AACCACAUUCUCUUCUUUAUUUUUCUCAAUGCAUAACCAAACAAACACAAACAAAGAUAUACACUUUUGUUUUAAUCUAAGUUUUGACUUCCAAAUAACACUCUCUUUUUUACUUUUCUCUCUAUAAAUUACACUCUUCUUCUCAUUUCAAAUGCUUCCCCCCUUUGCUUUUUCUUCCCCACAUCUCUGUUUUGUUCACUACUCAUGGCUUCUCCAAGGCUUCGUCUCUUCUUUCUCUUCGCUUUCGUUUUACUACGAGGUGGAGUUGCUGAUGGAAGAAGCUAUCCGGUUUCAACUCAAGUAUUGGGUAAAGAAACGCAAGAAGAUGUAAUGAAAAAGAUGGAAAGAAUAAGAGUGAAAGAGCAAGAUGGUUGUCGUUCUUCUCCAAGUACAACUGACUCGUCUGAUAAUCUUUAUCAAAACAAGAAGAGAAUUUUGAAUGUAAAGUACAAAUGGAUUAACAAAAGAGAUAAAAGUGAAGGUGGACAUCUACUUAACGAUGAAGGUUCGAGAUUUAUAGCUUAUAAUGCCGAUUAUUUUGUUGCUAAACCUCAUCCUCCAAAGAAUAAUGGAGGAGGGAAAUAUCUCUAACUAUUUGUUUAUUUUCUAGUAGAAAUUAUAUUGUUUCAUA